GGUUCUGUGCCUGGACCGGUGCCUGUCCCGGGACUCGUUCGCCACCCGAGCGUCCCCGAGGUGUCCCGGCCGGGUCCCCAGUGACGAUGGAGCUCCAAGAGGUGCCCCCUCUCCAGCUGCUGGAUCGGCCGGUCACCGUGGUGGCCACCCUGGGCACGGUGGUGGCUGCCGUGACCGGGUCACACAGGGACGUGCGGCAGCGUGUGUCCCCAAAGUUCCUGCAUGCCGCGCUGAGGAGAUUCACCCAGAGCCUCUGUGAGACCCUGGACCACGGGGAUGUCACCUCCCUGGGCCACCGUGGUGUCCCCUCCCUGGGCCGGGCCCUGGCCGCCCUCGGGGCCACACCUGGGACCUCCUGGGCUGAUGUGAGCACCGCGGCCAAGGCCUGGCAGGAGGUGUUGGCCAUGCUCAGGGCGAGAUGGGACCGGCUGCAGGAGGAGGCAGAUGAGAUGUGCAACAUCUGCUGGGACGCGACCCCCUCCUGGGCCAAGGACUUGUGGUUAAAGACCUUCAGGGAGAGACCUGGGGACAACCUGGUGGCCACACCCUGGUGGCUGCUGGUGACCCUGGACAGGCUCGAGGGGGCCUCGGCAGGGGCCAUGCACGAUGCUCAGGUGGCAGCAGCCAUCACUGAGGAAGAGGAAGCUACCAGCGAGGCCAUGGAUGAGGCCGUGGUGGCCACCAGCCGGGUGAGGGCGGCCACCUGGAGGGGACACUGGGCAGUGGUGUCUGUGGGGCCGCUGAACCGUUUGGUGGAGGCGUGCGACAAAGCCAUAGAGUUCAUCUGGGACAUGCAAUGCCAGUUUGAAGAGAUUGAGGACACCCUGAAGACAGAGCAGAUGUCCCCCAAUAUCCUUGAGGCCUUGGUGACUGACGUGGCUGAGUUUGAGCGGCUGUGGGAUGCCAGCGCUCGCCUGGCCUCUCAUCACCUGCUGCCGACACUGUGGGAUAUGCACAACCUCCUGUUGAGUCCCUAUGCUGGCCCAGGUGGCCCCGGUGGCCCAGGUGGCCCCGGCAGCCGCGCAGUGGCCAAGCGGUGCCGAAAAGCCAUCAAGGACAUCCCGAGGCUGCUGCGGGGACAGUGA